AUGUUAAGAGGGGAGAAAAGUGCAAUACCUCUCUUGUAUCUCGCAAGAGUAGGAGAUCCAACCUUUCAUGAGGACGCUGGUUUGAUAAAGAAGCAAGCUGCAUCCAAUCAUACAUUAAUACCGGCAAACUAUCCAUUGGCUUCGGCAGCCCCUCUACUUUGUGCUGGAAUUACUGUUUAUGCUUCGAUGGUACGCCAUAAGAUGAACCAACCUGCAACUAGCAUAUCCAAGAAAGAGGAAGCUUUAAGUCAGCUGGGUGCAGAUAACUUUGUGGUCUCAUCUGACAGAAAUCAGAUGAAGGCCCUGGUGAAGUCAGUAGACUUUAUAAUUGAUAUAGCAUCUGGUGAUCACCCUUUUGAUCCAUACAUGGAACUAUUGAAACUGGUGGAGUUCUGGUCUUAUGGUGGGAUUCCCCAGCGAAGUCAAAAUCAGUCCUGCCAACCUUCAUAUCGGUACAUUGGUGGAACAAAGGAUAUCCAAGAAAUGAUAGAUUUCUUUGCUUCAAAUGGAAUUCAUCCAAUGAUUGAAAUAAUUCCAAUUCAAUCUGCAAAUGAAGCUAUUGAGGGGCUACUAAAAAGUGUUGUGAUAUACUGGUUUGCGAUUGAUAUUGAAAACUCCCUGAAAUGA